AUCAUCUGCAUCUGUCAUCUGUCACAUCCUCGUCGCUCACGGCAGCACUGGGAGAUAGAAAAAUCGACCGUGGCGUCUUAAAGAUAGAUAUCCAGGUUGAUUUGCUACAGUACAUAAGUACUGUAACGACUUGGCGCGGACAAGGACUGCAAUAGGAGACGAAAAUGAUGCAUCAGCAAUCCAUGAUGGUUGGCGAUAUGAUCCCCGUACACUCUGAAAUACCCGUGCAUACUGAAGAGAUUAACAAUGUGGCUUACGACAAUAGCAACUCGUUUGCCUAUGAUGACCUGUUUCCAGCGCUUCCUCACUCUCAGCCACCUGUGCAACGUAACAUCCAACAAGUUACUAAUAAAAUGCGUGUUGGAUCAUCCUUGCAUACGCAGGUUUUCCAUGUGCCAUAUGAAGAAAGAAAACUAGACAAUGCUAACACCUUUGGUGAGGGAGAGUCACUGAGGACUUGUCAGUCUAUUACCAAGGAAACCGGAGCCCACAUUGAGAUCUCGACCGGCAAAGAUGGAAGCUUAACGUUUUUGAUUACUGGCAAGAAUAGUGCUGUGCUUGACGCUAGGCGCCUUAUACUUUCUUAUUUCCAACAACAGGCGAGUAAACAAAUAAACAUCCCUAAGGAACAUUUCCGUUGGAUUUUGGGAAAACAAGGUCAAAAAUUGAAGGACUUGGAAAAACUGACUGCUACUAAGAUCAGUGUUCCAAGCAUAGCUGACAGUAGUGAAGUAAUUACGAUUACUGGUACCAAGGAGGGAAUCGAAAAAGCAGAACAUGAGAUUCGUGUUUGUUCUGAGGAACAGUCGCGUAAGGCAUUGGAACGUGUUACGGUCCCGAAGAUUUACCAUCCAUUUAUACAAGGACCGUUUGGGGAGCGCGUGGCGGCUCUUAGCGCCGAAACUGGCGCCCGCAUCCAUAUACCGCCAGCUUCCACUCAGAGCGACGAAAUUGUGAUUGCUGGGGAGAAAAAUGGCGUUUUAGCUGCUAAAGCUCAGAUUGUGCAAAUUCACGAGGAAAUGGCCAAGAAGUGUUCAACUGUGCGUGUGGAGGUUCCCAAGUCCCAGCACAAGUACGUUAUUGGCGCCCGCGGUACAACUAUUCAGGAAAUAUUAAAGGAGACGGGUGUGUCGGUGGAGAUGCCGCCACCGGAUUCUCCCACUGGAACAAUCACCCUCCAUGGCCCUCAUAAUAAAAUUGGAAUGGCUCUAUCGAAGGUGUGCGAAAAAGCGAACUCUGUUAAGACUGCAACUGUCGAUGCUCCUACAUGGAUUCAUAAAUACAUUAUUGGAAAGAAUGGCUCCAACAUCAAGAAAAUAACUCAAGAUUUCUCCAAGGUACAUGUCGACAUAACUCACUCUGAAGACAAGGUUAAGAUUGAUGGACCUCCAGAGGAAGUUGAGCGGGCGCAAGUGGAACUGGACAACUUUGUCAAGAACUUGCUCGCAACACUCACAUAUGUUGAACUUUCCGUUGAUCCAAAAUUCUUCAAACAUAUUAUUGGCAAAAGCGGAACAAAUAUCAACAGACUGAAAGUUGAGACCAACGUAGUUAUUAAUAUAAUUGAAAAUGAAGGAAACAAUAUAAUAAGAAUAGAAGGGAGGAAGGAGGGUGUGGCGGAAGCUGAAAAAGAGUUGAGGGAAAUGGUAAAUAAACUAGAGAACGAAAGAACUAAAGAAGUUUUUGUUGAUCAUAGAUACAUUAAGUCGUUGAUUGGUGUAAGAGGCGAUAAGAUUAAGGAAAUACGCGAGAAAUUCGAUCGCGUCCUUAUCAGCUUGCCCGAUCAGGGUCAAAAACGAAGCCCCAUCAAGCUGAGGGGCCCCCAGGAGGACAUCGAAAAAUGCGAAAAGUACCUCCACAAACUCAUGAAAGAAAUUGCGGAAUCGUCGUACGUCCAAGAAGUUCCUAUAUUCAAACAAUUCCACAAAUUCAUUAUCGGUAAAGGUGGUGCUAACCUUCGAAAGAUACGCGACGAGACGCAGACGAAUAUCGAUCUCCCGGCCGAAGGCGACGACAGCGACGUGAUAACGGUAAGAGGUAAACGCGAAAACGUCGAGGAGGCCGUCAAGAGGAUACAGCAGAUUCACAACGAGAAGGCCAAUAUCGUCACGGAGGAGGUGACGAUCGCGCCCAAAUAUUACAACUCCUUGAUCGGGGCCGGCGGGAAACUCAUUCACUCGAUCAUGGAGGAGUGCGGGGGGGUGCUCAUUAAGUUCCCGCCGACCGAUAGCGACAGCGACAAGGUCGUCAUCCGGGGCCCGGUGGAGGACGUGGAGAAAGCCAAGCAGCAGCUGCUCGCCCACGCCUCGGAGCGCGAGCUGACGUCGCACACGGCGACAGUACGCGCCAAGCCCGAACACCACAAGUUCUUGAUCGGCAAGAGCGGCGCCAAUAUCAAGAAGAUUCGCGAGCAAACCGGCGCUCGUAUUAUUUUCCCCACGGAAAAGGAUGAAGAUAAGGAGGCCAUUUUCAUUAUCGGACGCGAGGAGCAAGUUGAAGCGGCUCGUAAGCAGUUGGAGGUGGCUGUGGCAGAAAUCAGCAACGUAUCGGAGGGAGAGAUGUCCGUGGAUCCCCGCCACCAUCGCCACUUUGUCGCGCGUCGCGGCGAGGUGCUGCGCCGUAUCGCCGACGACUGCGGCGGUGUACAAAUCUCCUUCCCGCGUCAAGGCGUCAACAGCGACCGCGUCGUGCUUAAGGGACCAAAGGACUGCAUCGAAGCGGCCAAAACACGUAUCAACGAAAUUAUCGAAGAUCUAGAAGCUAAGGUUACAAUUGAAUGUAUUAUUCCACAAAGACACCAUAGGACAGUAAUGGGUGCGCGUGGAGCCAAAGUCAAGGACAUCACAUCCGAGUUCGACGUACAAAUCAAGUUCCCCGAACGGGACAUGACUGAAGGUGCCGAUAUCCCUGUGAGGAAUGAGGAGUCAUCGGAACCGACAUCCAACGAUAUCAUUAGAAUCUCAGGACGCCCUGAGAAUUGUGAAGCGGCAAAGAAAGCUUUGCUCGAUCAAGUGCCAAUAACGAUUGACGUGGAGGUUCCAAAUGAAUUGCAUCGUCUUCUUGCUGGUCAGAAGAGAAGAGAACUGAUGCAAACCUAUGAUGUUCACAUCUUAAUGCCGCCGAACGAUGAUAACAGCGACAUUGUCAAGGUAACAGGAACACCAACUAAUGUUGAAAAAGCUAAGGCAGCACUUGCUGAUAAAAUUGUAGAUAUGGAAAAGGAGAAAGAGGACAGACUGCUAAGAUCAUAUGAAUUAAAAUUUAAAGUGGAUCCUGAAUACCAUCCUCUCGUGAUCGGCAAAGGUGGUUCCGUGAUAACAAAAAUAAGGGCCGACUAUGGUGUACAAAUAAACCUGCCCAAACGCGGAGAGCCUGAUGAUGACAUCAUCACUAUUCAGGGGUACGAGGAGAAGGCGCAUCAGGCAAAAGAUGCUAUAAUGGCCAUCGUCCAUCAACUUGAUAACCAAUUCAGGGAUGAGGUUGAUAUCGAUCCUCGCGUCCACAGGCGGCUCAUAGGGCUCCGUGGCAAAAAUAUCAGGCGUAUCAUGGACGAGUACAAGGUCGACAUUCGCUUCCCCAAACAAGGCGAUGACAGCAUCGUCGUGAUUACCGGCGACGAGGACAACGUUCUCGAUGCGAAGGACCAUCUUUUGAAUUUGGCUGAAGAAUAUUUGCAAGACGUCGUCGAUAGAUAUCAGAGGCCCGCUGCACCGUCCCUCGACUUCGGUGAAGUGCUCAGUGGCGAAAGUGCCAGCAGCGGCGUUGGGACACAAAACUCCGCUGGUUUCGUAGUUAAGGGAGGCCCCUGGGAGCAGCGGGCCCCGGACACGGCGUCCACUCACGACUUCCCCAGCAUGCCCUCGGGUCCCCGCGCCGCUCCCGCGCCCGCCCCCGCCGCGCCCUCCGCGCCCGCUGCCUGGGGCCCCCGCCGCUAGUGGACUAUUCGAAACACUACUAAUCUCAUUGAAUAAAAAGCUUAUUUUUGUCAAAAUAUCAACAUCACAUAUUUGCCAGUUUAUGAAUUUACAUAGCCGAUAUAUCAAGUGUAGGCUCCCUAACGAUAAUACAAUAUUAUGUAGACCAGAAUGUUUCUAUGUAUUCCAUAUUUCAUUCGAUUUUCUUCUUUACGAUAUUUAACUGGUUAUUAAUAGAGUCCUAUUUUGUUUCAUAUUUUACAAAGUAAAUGAACCAAUUGAUUUCUAUUUUUCUUUACUAUUAGUAAUUAUUGAUAUAUUUUUAAAUAGGUUAUAUCCAUCAAUUUAUACAAAAUAAUAGGCAUAUCUAGACAAAC